AUGGUCGACCGACAGGCGACGCUUCACAGCCUUCUGGGGAAGCUCAGUGACCCUGAUCCUGAUAUUCGAUACAUGUCCCUGAAUGAUGUUUACGGUAUCUUGAGCUCGCCAAAUUCACUUUUCUUACUCAACGAUAAUGCAACAUCCGCCAAGUUGUCCGAUGGCCUUCUGAAAGCUCUAGAAGAUCAGCAUGGAGAGGUGCAAAAUCAAGCUUUAAAAUGUCUUGGCCCUCUAGCUGGCCGGCUUCCAGUGGAGAGUUUGACACCGCUCCUUGAACGCAUCGCCGACCUGACGAGCUCGUCAUCCAUCGAUAGCUCCGUACCAAAUACCGCCCUCCGAGUCAUAGUUUCCUCGCUUCCAUCUCCGCGGACAGGAAGUGUGACCAGUGCGGAAGCCACUAACACAUAUUCUGCCAUCUCCAAAGUCCUCCUACCACGCCUCACAGGAGAGGACCAAUCGAGAGCCUCCCGCCGAGGGUCUGUUACUCGAGGAAUGCUGGAAAAGGAUGCAAAUAAAGGUUACAGUAGUGAUGCGAUUGAUAUCGUCAUUGAAUUAGUCAAUUGCUUUGGAUCAUUGCUGAAGGAGGUCGAGAUUGCAUCUUUGCAGAAGUCAAUUAUGGCCAUCAUCGAGAAUGACACAGCCGGGACUGUGGUCACAAAGCGUGCGCUCACUGCAACAGCAGCUCUUGUCGUUUACUUCUCAGAUGCUCAAUUGAGUGCCUUUGUGUCAGAGCUCAUCGAGAGCUUCGGUUCCGCACAUCUAACGGUGACUAGGCGCCGUCACCUCAUUGCAACUAUCGGUAGCCUCUCACGGGCGGCCCCUUCAAAAUUCGGAGUUUAUCUCAAGACCCUCGCUCCUUUUGUACUCUCCGCAGUCAGCGAGCAAGAAAUGGAUGAGAUGGCUCAGGACGACUCUGAUGGGGGAGAGCAAGACCCUCAAGCAGAUGAACUCCGCGAGACUGCCUUGAUCACCUUGGAAGGUCUGUUGUCUUCAUGCACGCAGGAGAUGCAACCAUACCUCAUGGAUUCUGUGAACUCCGCCUUGAGAUGUCUGAAGUAUGAUCCGAAUGUAGCAUUCGACGAAGACGAAGAGAUGGGCGGCAUACAGGAUGAAGGGAGCGAAGACGGUGUAACAGAGGAAGCAGACGAAAUUGAUGAUGAAUUUGAGGAUUUUGAGGAUGAAGGCGGCUAUAGUGAUGUUGACGAUGUGAGUUGGAAGGUUCGACGCUGUGCGGCAAAGACUCUUCAUACUAUAAUUUCUUCGUAUGGCACCGGCCGGCUGUUGGAGGAUGGCACCCUAUACCAGCAGGUGGCACCUGCACUCAUUUCGCGACUUGCUCGAGAAAGGGAAGAGAGCGUGAAACUUGAGGUUGUUGUAACAUUCACGGCUCUAGUCAGAAAGACCAGCGAGGGUCUCACGGUGGCAUCCUUAAACGGCUACAGAGAAUCUGUCGGAGGGUCAAAAAAUUCCAGGAAGCGAAGGCGUCAGGACAGUUUCGCUGGAGUCAUUGAUUUCGAGCCCAGCAUGGGAACUUCUUCCGCAAUUGAUACCCCCGUUACUUCACCUACUCCUCCUGAAUCUGGGCCUCAGGCCGAGUUGCUGCGACUGCUCCCCGGCCUAAUUCAGAACAUGGUGAAAUCGUGGAAAUCGGCUACUGUGGCGUUGAGACAAGCUAUAGUAGUGCUAUUAAAGAGCCUGGCUUUGGCACGUUAUGGUAUCUUGGCCGAUUACCUUCAGAAAAUUGAAGAUCCAAUCGCCGAUGCCCUCAAAGCAUCUACGAGUAGCGGCACAGCCAUUACAGCUGGUACAGCCGUCAGCGUUGCAACUUUACAAAUCGAAACAUUGACCCUGGUAGGUGCUAUAUCAGAGACUCAUGCCUCGGAUGCACUCCUGCCAUUCCUUAUUGCGUUGAUACCAGGCGUGAUUGCGUCUGUUGGCGAUCGAAACUACAAAGUGGCAAGUGAGGCUCUUGGAGCUAUUGAAUGUGUUAUCAAGGCUCUUACUCCACCUCGUGUAUCUGGCAAUGAUACCGAUAAUGUCAGGCUGCAAUUGCAGAAACUAUAUGAAGUUAUUGUUUCGCGUAUCACUGAUACCAGUGCUGAUCUCGAAGUUCGUCAACGGGCUAUUCACGUAUUCGGGGUUUUGCUAGCUCGUACAUCUGGUGACAUUGGGCGCAAAUUCGUCUCCGAGUCUCAUCGUUUCCAAGGGCUCGACAUUCUUGGGAAUCGCCUCAAAAACGAGACCACACGAUUGGCUACUGCACGUGCUAUUGACGAUAUUUCCGUUCUAGCCAGCAGCGAACAAGAUGUCAAUUCCCACUGGAUUACGCAAGUAACUAGCGAGCUGGGUGCUCAGCUCCGAAAAUCUGACCGAACACUCAGGAGUGCCUGUCUCGAGGCUCUGAGGAGUCUAGCAAUGAAUCCAAACACAAGAGCGCAUUACAAAGAGGAAACUAUGCUAGAAUUGGAGAAAUCUCUGUUACCGUUGAUCGCUCCCGAUGACUUUCACCUUCUGGCUCCUGCCCUCAUUAUAUUGGCUAAGAUCAUACCAAGCCACGCAACGAGAUUAGUUACAGAAGAUCUGAUAUCCUCUCUAUGUGCGAUUGUUGCUGUUCCUUUGAUUGGGACGGUUCUCAAAGCAUUGCUCCUGCUCGUCAAGGUCAUCGGAGAGCAAGAUGCUGGCGCCGAUCUCAUGAAGCGUCUUUUGCGUGAUGUUGGAAUCAACGGAGAUCCUUCAGUGGUUGGACGAGCAAUCGGAACCUUACUUGUGCAUGGAGGAUCGAAUUUGGGAGUGAAAAUGGAAGACUUCCUUGCCGAAUUAGAAACUGCGCAGGAUGAUCAACGUAAAUGCCUAGCAUUGGCUAUCUUGGGUGAAGUAUCCCUUCGUAUGGGAGCGAGCUGCCCUAUCAAACCGCACCUAUUCAUCUCGAACUUCGACUCGAAAUCAGACAAAGUCCGCUUGGCCGCAGCUGUUGCGCUUGGCAAUGCUGCUGCAAGUAAUAUCAAGGCUUAUAUGCCAAUUAUUCUCGAGGGUCUGAAUAAACCAAGGUCAUCCACCUAUCUGUUACUGCAUUCCAUCAAAGAGAUCCUUCACCACCCUGAACAUGUUCGGGAUGAAAUUGCGCCUUUCGCCACACAACUCUGGCAGAUCCUGUUGGCGGCUUCUGAGGAUGAGGAUAACCGCGUUGUAGGAUCGGAAUGCAUUGGCCGGCUCGCUCUGCUAGAUCCAUCAUCUUACGUGCCUCAUCUGCAUAGUUAUCUGUCUGACCAAAAUGCUACCAUCCGAGGCACAAUUAUUUCCGCAUUCCGUUAUACCCUUUCUGACUCUAGCGUUGCCUAUAAUGACGUUCUACGACCAUUGAUUAUACCACUCUUAGUAAGUAUGUUGAGCGACCGAGAUCUUGGAAACCAUCGACUCGCCCUUACUACGUUGAACUCGGCGAUACAUAACAAGAUGGAUAUCAUCCACCCGCAUCUAAGUGAACUAUUGCCGGCAGUUAUUGGUGACACUCAAAUCAAGCCUGAACUCAUCCGUGAGGUGCAGAUGGGCCCGUUCAAACACAAGGUCGAUGAUGGUCUUGAGCUUCGCAAGACUGCCUACGAGACGCUAUAUGCUUCUCUGGAUGCUGCGCUCAACCGGAUAAAUGUAUCAGAGCUGUAUGAACGAAUCUUAGCGGGGCUCGAUGACGAGCAGGACAUCAGGACUUUGUGCAAUCUGAUGACAGCUAAACUGAUUGCACUGGCCUCGGAAGAAACGCAGCGGCAGCUAGACGCAUUGUCAGAGCGCUAUAUGGCGGUGCUAAACUUCAAACCCAAGGAAAACGCGGUCAAGCAGGAAAUUGAGAAGGCACAGGAAGCUUCGCUGGGUAUUCUGAAGAUUAGCCGUGAGCUGGACAAGGCUUUUCCGGGGGUUGAAGUGGGAGGUGAACAUCCCAAGUGGAAGUCGUAUGUCGAUUGGAUGCGAAAGACCUUCCAGGCUCAGCUUCGCAAUUUAGACGCCGAGGCAUAG